AUGGCGCCCUACGACUGGCCUCUGAGCGACCCACCCGAGCAGCCGGACAACCCCUUCCGACCCCAUCACAAUGGCUACCAGUCCGACGAGGACUCCGUCUACAGCCGCAAUGGCCUCGUGCGCCCCAAGAAUCCCGCCCUCCCCGGCAGCCCCGGCCCCCAGCUGGUUCGAGCCUCCCAAAGUCCACAUCCGGUCGGCCUCGGUCGCCCCCAGCAGCUCCAUGUACUCGGCGCCCCCGAAUGGGGCGCCGACCCGUACGGUCGCGAUCGCAUGCCCUUCAGCACCCCUUUCCCGCCCAAGGCCGACAUGCACCGCAUGCCCUACUCGACGCCCAUGUACCCCGAUGUACUGCGCUCCGUCAACCCCAGCCGCAUCGCCGAGACCGAAGUCCCCGAAAGCUCCACCGCCGGACCCGAGUCCGUGGCCGGGCCCCGCCACGCGACCGCGAGCAAGACGCUAACCUACAAGGCGCUCGAGUGGAGACAGAUUCGGCUCGUCCGCAUCUUGCCCGAGCGCAUGUCCGCCCUCCGGUGCGAGCUGGUCCAGUUCUCCCUCGACAAUGCGCCGCGAUUCGUCGCCAUCUCGUACGCCUGGGGCGAUUCCGGCGACACGCAAAACAUACUCGUCGACGGCGUCGCCAAGCAAGUCACCACGAGCCUCUACGGCGCCCUCAAGGCGCUUCGGCGCCGAAACAACGUCGUCUUGGUCUGGGCCGACGCGCUGUGCAUAGACCAGAGCAACGGCGAGGAGCGAACGCUCCAGGUGCAGCUGAUGAAGGACAUCUACUCCAAAGCCAGCUCCGUCACCGUGUGGCUGGGGCCCGAGGCCGAGGAGAGCGGCCUGGCCAUGCGCCUCCUCAGCCAUCUCGUGCACCGGGGCGAGUCGCAGUCCUACGUCAAGGAGCUCAUCAACUCCAAAGCGCGGAGGCGCGAGUUCGACGCCGUCGAGAUCUUCCACGCUACCAACGUGGACGUGUACUGCGGCCCCACGCGGCUCUCCUGGGACGUCUACAAGUCGGCGAGCAAGAUCUUCCUCCGGCACAAGGAGGACCUGGCGCAGGCCUUCCAGUCCACCCCGUUCGACAACUCCCCUCAAUCCAUGACGCGAAGCCGGGUUCCCUACGCCGAUGUCCUCGUCCGCCACGGCCCGGGCAGCUUACCGGACAUUGAGUCCUUGCUCACGUUUGGGGAGACUUCUAUCCUGGAGAUCCUGCGCGCGAGCCGGAGCAAGCAGACAGCUAUCCCCACGACAAGGUGUACGGCAUCCUGGCCGUCCUCCCGGAGGAGCGCCAACAAUCUCCCGAGCUGGGCGCCGGACUGGUCGCACACGCCGCAGACAACGUCACUCGGGCUCAACUACGACUUCAAAGCCUCGGGCUCGACCAAGGCCAAGUUCUCGUUCAAGGAUCGGAGGUCCAAGCUCGCCAUAUCCGCCGUGUUUCUCGACGUCGUCAAGACUCGUGGCGUCGCGGUCGGCACCUUGUGCUCGGUGGACGACCAUCUCAUGGCGUUUCUCCACUGGCGGGCCCUCCUCAUGGGCGACCGCGACCCUCAAACGAAAGAGGACCAGACCGAGCUGCGAGAGGCCUUUUGCCGGACGUUGUGCGUCGCACAGCUACCCCCGCAGCUCAAGGAUGCCAAGAAAUGGUCCCGCAUAUGCUUCCAAUCCUUUGCCUCCAUGAUCCGAGAGGCUGCCCUUCCUAACGCUGGAUCACGAACUCACGACCGCAUCGUCAAGGACACGUGUGGCGGGCGCAUGAUGGGCAGGUGUCUUUGUGUUACCCAAAACGACAACCUCGUAGGUAUGGGGACCGGCUUCAUGGCGCCGGGCGACAUCAUCGUCGUGCCCCUCGGAUGCUACUCGCCCGUGAUUCUUCGACCCGAAGGUCAAGGCGAAUAUCGAUUCGUCGGUGACGUCUAUGUCGACGGGUACAUGAAGGGUGAGGCCAUUACCGAAUGGAAGAGCGGGCGGAGGGAGGUCGAGGAAUACGUGCUCUGUUGA